AUGCCAUUCCGCAAAAUCAGUCGCGACGUCAAACUCGCCGCUAUCAACUUGUACGAAAACUACAUGCUGUCUCUCGAACAAAUCCUUGAUUGCGUCGGCUUCUCCGAGAGUACAUUUUGGCGUGUUCGCAAACUUUGGCGAGAAACAGGAGAUGUUGUUCGACACACUUAUGGAACUGCUGGCCGUCCACGAGCUCUUCACUUUGACGACAUACACUACCUCGUUCGGCUCAUCAACCACCAUCCCGACUGGUUCCUUGACGAACUACUGGACUUACUCGAUCAAAACAGGUUCAUCUCUGUCCACUAUACAACUAUCUACCGAGAACUUGCUCGUGCAGGCAUGUCCUUGAAGAAGCUCAAGAAAAUUGCUAGAGAAAGGAAUGAGGACCGUCGUGCCAGUUUCAUUAGAAGGAUGGCGCAGUACAAGCCUGAAGAGCUGGGCUUCAUAGAUGAAACCUCGAAGGAUGAAAGAACAACUACUCGACACUUUGGCAGGUCGAUGAAGGGGCAACCAGUCGUCGAGGGAUCAUUUACGACACCGAAAUACAAAACAUUCCUCGAGGAGGAGGUGGUGAUUGCCAUUGUGUACCCCAUAUCCGGGCAAGCUCAGUGUGCUUGUGAUGGAUAA